AUGCCCGUACACAAGCGGCCUGGUCACCAUGGCUCCAACUAUAUGAAGGCAGUUGUUUGGGAAGGCAAGCCUUUCAAGAUGGUGACAAAGGAGGUCCCCAAGCCUAGAAUUCUGGACGAGCGAGACGCCAUCGUCCGGAUCACCACGGCCGCCAUCUGCGGCAGUGAUCUCCACAUGUACCAUGGAAUACUCGGCAGCGAGGAAACCCCAUGGACGGUAGGUCACGAAGGUAUGGGAAUCGUUGUGGAGACUGGAUCUGCGGUCGCGAGCAUUCAAAAAGGAGAUCGCGUUGUCAUAAGUGGAGGGCAAGCCCUCGGACAUUUGCAGCUCGAACCAACCAUUGGGGGAGGCGCUGCCAUGUUCGGCGCCGGAAAAGAUUGGGGAGAUCUCGGUGGAACUCAAGCCGAAUGUGUCCGUGUUCCCAUAGCAGACGAAACUCUCAUGGAGGUCGGCAACCCUCAGAUUCCUGACAAGGAAUUCCUCUUCCUUUCCGACAUCUUCGCCACCGGAUGGGAAGCUCUCAACUUCUCAGGCUUCCAGCCAGGUGACGACGUAGCCAUCUUCGGCGCAGGACCCGUCGGCCUCCUCUGCGCAUACAGCGCCAAGCUCCGCGGCGCGAGCAAGGUCUACAGCAUCGACCAUGUGCCGGCGCGCCUCGCAAAGGCAAAGUCCAUCGGCGCCGUGCCGAUCAACUUCACCAAGGGGGGCCUGCCAUCGGAGCAGAUCCUCCGGCUCGCGCCCGACGGAGUGACGCGCGUGUGCGACUGCGUCGGGUACGAGUGCGUGGACGAGAAGCUGAAGCCGGAUCAAGGCUUUGUGCUUAGUGAGGCUGUCAAGAUGGCCUCUGACCAUGGCGGAAUUGGUGUGGCUGGCGUCUAUCUUGCUCAGCCCAACAGUGAGGGUGCGCCGCGAGGGGGCAUCAUUUCACCAGACAUCACAUUUCCUAUAUCGCUUUUCUGGUCGAAAGGACUGUCCAUGAAGGGCGGGAUUGCGGAUAUCCUCAAAACUGCGCCAGUACUAUUUGAGUUGGUGAAGAGCGGAGUUGCACGUCCGGGCUUCAUCGUAAGCAAGGAGUACUUCGGUCUUGACCAGGCGCCUGAGGCGUACCGGAGAUUCGACCAGCACUUGGAGACGAAGGUGUUGUUCAAAUUCCCUUGGUAUGACGAGGAGAGCGAGGAUAGAAGAAGUGCGGACGAGGAGGAUAGUUCGCUCGGCCGAGAACACGACACCGGUGAAGAACUCGCUCCUCAAGGAGCCGACAGGCCAUCUAGGGAGGAUCGAUUCUCGCUUGGCGUGACCUCGGAUUUGAAGACCAUGGGUUCCAAACUUCAUUUCGCCGCCACUAUGUUGGCAUUGAGCCUUGAGGUCUUGCCAGCGUCCGCUGCUUUCAACCUGAUACGGACAUAUAGUGGCUCGAAUUUCCUCGGCCAAUUUGACUUCAGGGAUACAGCCUAUUUCCAUAGUAUAGGAAUUCCGUCAGGAGACCCUACCAACGGCUUCGUUGACUACCAGUCAGCCUCAGCCGCCUCGUCAAAGGGUCUCACAAAAGUGCAGUCCAAUGGGCAAGUCUAUCUCGGCGUAGACUAUACGUCCACCUUGUCAACCUCGGCCCAAGGCCGUGCUUCUAUCCGCUUGGAGUCCAAGGACACAUAUGGCCCUGGCACCCUCUUGGUGGCUGACAUUGCGCACAUGCCAGCCAACGCAUGCGGCGUCUGGCCUUCUUUCUGGUCCUACAACUUCGGAGAGAACCCCAUGGGCGAGAUCGACAUCAUCGAGGGAGGUGCCGCUGCUGGCCUGCAAGAGAGGAACAUUGUGUCGUUACACACGUGCAGCGCCUGUCAGUUCACCAACAUUGGAGGCACAGACCCUAGAUCGAACUGUGCCCUGGGUGGUGACUGCAGCGACGGUGCGACGAAUUGGGAUGGUUGCGGCUCAACAGGCAACUCACAGUCAUAUGGCGACGCCUUCAACGCUGCAGGAGGCGGCGUGUACGCCUCAUACCUGCAGAACGACCGCCUCCGCAUCUGGUCGUGGCCCAAGGCCUCCGUCCCCGCGGACCUGACCAGCGGGUCGCCCAACCCAGAAGGCUGGGGCACGCCGUCGUCGGACUUCAAGACGUCUAACGGCGGGUGCAACCUUGGCGACAACUUCCAGGCCCAGACAAUCAUCAUCAACACUGACUUCUGCGGCUCCAUGAUCGACGACGACACGUGGACGUCCGAGACAUACUGCAGCAACGUCGCGAGUACCUGCAAAGCGUACGUGGCGGGCCAGCCUGCUGCGUUCUCCGAGGCGUACUGGCUGUUUAACUCCAUCAAGCUGUACCAGUCAACCGGCACCGAUAACAAGGUCAGCACUGAUGGAAACUGUGGCGGGACGACCGCGCAGACGUGUCAGGGGUCCACCUUUGGUAACUGCUGCAGCCAGUAUGGCUACUGCGGAAGCACGAGCGUGUACUGCGGUACUGGGUGUCAGUCGAGCUUCGGUACAUGCACUUGA